UUAAUUUCGGAGCGCCAACAAUCUUCAAUGACAACUUCCUGUUACACAAAAUAUGGAUUUGUAGUAAUUUCUGAAAACAAACCAAGCUGCAAACAAGCUUUGUCACAGUAAUUCAUUUAGUUGUACAAAAACUGAACAGUAUUAACUUUACUAAAAUUACAAACUUAAUCUUAUAGCAAAGCCCUAAGGUGCAGACAAGUGAAUACCAGGAUCAGUUUAGAAACAGCUGCACAAAUCCACUAAUUGUUUACCUGAUAACAAAGCAACAAAUGUAGAUUAAAAAACAGAUGGGUGCAUGCUAUUCUAAAAGUGGCCAUGAAGCUUCACUCUCACCAAAACAGAAGUCACCACAUAAAAAACAGAACAAUGGGUUGGCAAUAAAAAUAGAAUAUUCACCGGUCAAACCACACGAAGAUGACAGACUAUCGGCAAAUGUUGACAAUAACUUUAACCAUGACAACAAGUCAACUGAUGGUCAGUUGACCAUAACCGAAGAAGAAAAUGAAAAAGACAUUGAUUUUAAUGAAAUAGUAAAGAAUAUUCCACUUAUAGACAAAGACAUUGAUGAUCUUAAACAUGGACUAGGUGUUGCUACUUCUGACAGUGGGAUAGAGAGCCUCUCUCCCAAUGAAGUAGAGUCACAUGUAGAAGCAACAUCAAGUCAACCAUUAAAUACAAGUCAUUCACACAAAAAGAAAGUUGAUCAUAUUUUGGAGGACAAAGAAAGCUCAAAUUGUACUUGUGGUGCACAAAAUAGGUCAUUUAAUUAUGACGCACAGAGGGUAAAAUGUGAGACAGCACCAACAACUCCGGAUAAGGAUGAGAAAAAAGUGAUUAGACGACAGGAUAGUCGCACCAGUACUGUUAGUUGUGAAAAUGUUUUACUGGAUAUGUCAAAACGAUCUUCUCGUGAAAUCAGACAUUUUGAUUCUGAGGCUAGUUUAGACCUACCUUCAGCUUUCCAAAGUUUGCAGGAUGUUAAGACAAUGCAGAUGGAUGGCAAGGAAGUGGUUGUAAUAGAUGCUGAACUUUACUCACAAGUAUUAGAGGAACUGGCAACAUUAAAAUAUAAAUUAAGUCAGCUGACUGACCUUAUACAGUUACAGUCCAUCAGUGGAGACGAUCAGUCAGAGUUUAAUGAGUCGCUGAAUUCACCAAGAGUAAGAACAUCAUUGAACUUCAGUAAAUCCUGACGAAAAUUUUCCAGAGUAAAAUGAAAUCAUUCCAGGAGAGAAUUGUUUCAUAAAGAUCACUGUACAUAGACCAUGAUAUACAGACUCCAUCCAGAUUACAUAUGUCUCAUUGUAUAUACGGCAUUGUAUAAUCUAUUUUGUGUAAUUUAUUUGUAGUUAGAACAAGAGAGUGAUACAGUUUGUAUUUUAUUCAAGUUCAUUUUAUUUAUAUUGAGUAAUUUUAUACUCAUGGAAGUUUUUGUGAUUUGUAAUGAUCUCUUAUAGGGAUAAAGAUAGGAUUGAUUCCAGGGGGAAAUAUAUUUUUAUCAUAGAAAAACAAAACAUUCAGAGCUUUUAGAAAUGAAAACAUUUGAUUGAUGUGUACUUCUUUACAACUACUUAUGUUCACAUGUUAUGUAUAUGAAAAGAUUAUUUUUGUACUUGAAUUUGUAUCAGUUUAAUAAUUGUGACUCACUGUACUCUUGAAUAAUUGUUUAUAAAAACAAUAUCUUUUUGUGAACAAGUACACAAACAGCAUUGUUUACAUUCAGCGCACAUUUUAGGACAGUACAAUUAUUCAAUAAUUGAUCAUGUGGUAAGGGGAGAGUAGUAUUCAUAAAGUGUUCGUUUUUACAACGACACAACUAUAAUGAAUCUCUGGUUUUAGCCUGGUAUAAUUUUUUUAACAAAUCAUGUAUAUGUACUGAUUUCCUUCUUACAGUACAAGUCUAUGUAUGUUCUUUUUAAAGCACCACUUGUCAUUCUUAUAGGAAAAGAAAAGAUGUAAAUUUUGUUGUUUUAUGGAUUCUAAUGCAAGCAGCUACUGAAAAAGUGUUUUUUUUAGUUUUCAAAUUUAAUUUAUGCAUAAUUUCUAAAUGUUAUUGUAAAAAGAUACAGUUUGGUUUAAUAUUUAAUACUUUAUUUUAUCAGCUUAAGAAUCAGUGGGACAUGUUAGUAAUAGAACAUUGGUUUUUUUUCGUUAUUUAGUUAUAGGUAAUUAUUCCUUCUGCAUAUAUCAUUUAAGGAGCACAUUAAAAGCUUUAUCUUAUAUUUAUUUGAACUUUUUGGAUUUUCAUAUAAGUAAAUAUAACGGACAAACUGUUUCCCUGUCUAUACAGAGCAAGGGAUUCAAGAAUAUUUACAUCACAUAAUUAUGGCAUAAGGGUGGUUAUAGAAUGAAAAAUUCUAAACAGCUUACAUGUAUCUAAACUUGCCAUUAAGUUUGCAUUGACAGGGAACACAAACACAAUCUGUUUUAUUUUAGAAUUGCUUCCCUUUGCCAAAUAUUCCUGUAAUUUGAAAAAUUAGCUAGUGCAUUAAUUGAAGUAUAUCUGCAAGAUCAUGGCAAUGUGAACUUGACAAAAAGUGUAAGAAUGAACUAGGUGUAAGAAAUUUGGUGCACAUCUUGUAUAACUACUGCAAUUUAUUUUUGUUGAUUGUUGAUCAUUCUACCUCUUUUGUUUGUCUAGGUGCUUGUUUUUAGUUGCUUUAAA